AUGGCAACACGAAUUACAAUUUAUCGUCUUGUCACUAUGUGCAAGCGGUGCGGCUUAUGUUCAAUACGGCCAUACGGCAAUACGGCAGCCGCGGUGCGCCGCAAAGAGUUGCAAUUAGAAUGUAAAUUGGCAUGUUUAGGCGGUUCUGCGAUGCUCUCUUAUGAUAAUCAUCAUUUGGUUGCGGGCAUUGAACAUUCUGAUUCAUUCUCUUGGAAUCCACAUAAGUCUUUAGGCGCUCCAUUGCAAUGUUCAUUAUUCGUAACUCGAGAGCGUGACUUACUUUCACAUUGCAAUUCUCUCGAAGUGAACUAUCUCUUCCAGCAGGAUAAAUUUUAUGACGUUUCAUAUGAUACAGGAAACAAAAGUGUACAAUGCGGUCGUAAAGUUGAUGCAUUCAAAUUUUGGUUAAUGCUGAAAGCACGUGGCUAUGGAGGGUACGGCCAAUUGGUGGAUCAUGCAAUAUAUAUGGCAAAAAUGUUUACACAAAAAAUUAAACAACGUGGUUCAGAAAGUUUUCGUUUAGUAUUAGACGAGUUUCAGUAUAUGAAUGUUUGUUUUUGGUACAUACCGAAAGCUUUACGUGGGUGCAAUGAAAAUACUAUGGAGUGGAAAGAAUGUCUAUAUACAGUUGCACCAAAAAUUAAGGAACGUAUGAUUAGGCAAGGUACUCUUAUGGUAGGUUACUCACCCUUAGCAUAUCGUGAUAUUGGAAAUUUCUUUCGCAUGGUUUUCACUAGUUUUCCUAUAUUGGAUGAAAAAGAGCUUGAUUUUAUUUUAGAUGAAAUUGAAAGACUGGGUGAGGAGUGUGAAUAUUAAUAUUUAAAUAUAUACAAAAUAUUUUUACUUUAAUUUUUAUAAGU